AAUCUAUAGUAUCCUUGCCUCGAGAUGGUAUAUAUGCUAUGUUCAGUAAGUGACUACAAAAUAUAUGUGAUAAAAUAUUAAUGAUUGCAAAAUAUAUGACGGCAUUUUUCAUUUGAGGUCCGCAGUUUAAAAGUUCUACUCAGAAGAUUAGAUUUAAGGGUUACGCACCCCUACGAAUCUAAAAUGGUACGGUCUGUCCACUGUUGAUGGCGUUUUUAUAAUGGCGACGAUGUGGUGAAUGAAGCUGUGCCAGUCACAAAGAUUUUGCCGAAAGUUUGUUUUGAAGUUCCUCAGUCAGUCUGGUUUGGUAGUGAAAUGAACAACCGGACGGCAUAUUUUUAUGACCCAGAUGUUGGAAACUUUCACUAUGGUGCUGGACACCCAAUGAAACCUCAUAGGUUGUCCCUAACCCACAGUCUUGUGUUGCAUUAUGGCCUAUAUAAGAAGAUGAUGGUUUUCAAACCAUACAAGGCAUCCCAGCAUGACAUGUGUCGUUUCCAUUCAGAAGACUAUAUAGAUUUUCUGCAGAAGGUGAGCCCAAAUAACAUGCAGGGCUUCACAAAGAGCCUUAACACCUUCAACGUUGGAGAUGACUGUCCUGUCUUUCCAGGUCUAUUUGAGUUUUGCUCCAGAUACACUGGUGCCUCAUUACAAGGAGCAACUCAGUUAAACCAUAAGAUCUGUGACAUUGCUAUCAACUGGGCAGGGGGUUUACAUCAUGCAAAAAAGUUUGAGGCCUCUGGAUUUUGUUAUGUGAAUGACAUUGUUAUCAGUAUACUUGAACUGCUGAAGUACCACCCACGUGUGCUGUACAUUGACAUCGACAUUCAUCAUGGUGAUGGUGUGCAAGAAGCAUUUUAUCUCACAGAUCGGGUCAUGACUGUGUCCUUCCAUAAGUACGGAAACUAUUUUUUUCCAGGAACAGGUGACAUGUAUGAGGUUGGAGCUGAGAGCGGCCGAUACUAUUGCCUGAACGUACCUCUGCGUGAUGGGAUUGAUGAUCAGAGCUACAGACAAUUGUUUCAACCAGUGAUCAAGCAAGUGGUGGACUUCUAUCAGCCAACCUGCAUUGUGCUUCAGUGUGGAGCAGACUCGCUGGGCUGCGACAGGUUGGGAUGCUUCAAUCUCAGUAUACGUGGUCAUGGGGAAUGUGUGGAGUUUGUGAAGAGUUUCAAAAUUCCUCUGCUUGUGUUGGGCGGAGGAGGGUAUACUGUACGCAACGUGGCUAGAUGUUGGACAUACGAGACGUCUUUGCUAGUUGAAGAGUCCAUUAGUGAUGAGCUGCCAUACAGUGAGUACUUUGAAUAUUUUGCUCCUGAUUUCACACUUCAUCCAGAUGUCAGCACAAGGAUUGAGAACCAGAACUCUAGACAGUACUUAGAGCAGAUUCGUCAGACAGUCUUUGAGAACUUGAAGAUGCUAAACCACGCACCGAGUGUUCAGAUCCAUGACGUUCCUUCAGACCUGCUGAGCUAUGAGCGUACAGAUGAUGCUGAUCCGGAUGAGAGAGGUUCAGAAGAGAAUUAUUCCAGGCCUGAGGCAGCAAAUGAAUUCUAUGAUGGCGACCAUGACAAUGACAAAGAGAGUGAUGUGGAAAUCUGAUCUUGAUCCCCUGGGUGCCCACUUCAUUUCAUGUUAAAGUGGGACUGUUUUCUAAAAGCUGGACUACCUUGUAAUUGGGCAAAAGCCAUCUUUUAAAUACAGUUUCUUUACUUGGUUAAUGUACUGUAAAUUUAAACAUGGGAUACCUGCCUCUAACAUUAUCUGAUUACUCAUGUGUAUCAAGAUUGAUCUUUCCUAAAUAGUAACUUUCCUUUGUGAUAUUUGCAGUUUAUAAAUGUGUAAAACUGUGAAACCUUUUGAUAUUUAUUUUGCUUAUCUGCUUUAACUAACUAGUUCUACUUUAGCAUAUAUGUAAACCUAAGAGCUUGAUUUACAUAUAUUGAGUGUUUAACAUUUGUCAUCAAUCUGUUCAGUUCACAACUGCGAUUGGUUUCAUUUUUUUUACAACUUCAGUCAUAUCAGUAUUCUUAUCCAGCAUUUUCAUUUGGUAUUUCUUUAAAAUAUUCCUACAUUUAGGUUUAUUCUGAUUCUGUGUAGUGGUAUGGACGUCUUUUUUUAUUCUUCCAGUGUUCGUUUUGAUUGCUGUUCUUCCAUAGACAGUUCUUUGGGUCCUAUCCUGUGUUUUGCCUCCUGAUUUCCAAAGCAAGAGCCAAAAAUCAAAAUGAAGGUUACACAGUUAAUGUUUGAUUUUGUGUUUACAAAUUAAGUGACCCAGUCUUUAAUUUUACAAACUUGAGCUAUAGCUCAUAGCUGCAGUUAGGGACUAGAGGCAUGGGUAGCUUUUAUUAAGCAAACCAAAUCAAUAAAGUGUAGCCUUUAUUUGUAGUAUCAUUUUUCAGAUAUUAUUAGAAACUGCAAGUAAACUGCAAGCACCAAUUCUAGUAUGACUGCAUUGUGACUGCAAUACAAUAUUCAGUUCAACAUGAACAUAGGUUGGAGAAUUAAGGCAAACAUGAGAAGGAACAUGAUUUCAGUUGUGGUUUUAGAUACUUUUAGUUGCAGUGUCUGGCAAGCUUAGUUCUUGCACAAAUAUACUAAUCUUAUGCAAGAGUUUAGCACAUUAAAACAAGCAGGUUAUGUGCCUGUUUUGGAAUGUGA